CUGCAUUUGCAAAGACUCAGAGCAGUGCAGGGGGGCUCAUGCCCAGCUGUGGCGCGCUCUUGCACAUAUUAGUUCGUGUUUCUGGCAGUGAUAGAAGGCCUUGGUGUCCAGAUGUGCUAUUAUUAAGCACUUGAGGGCCUUCUGCGGCGCGUUUGAAGCGCAGGCCUCUCUGCUGUGCCGCAACAUGGAAGGAUGAAGAUAAUGUGGGGACAUGCAGGGUAAAAGAGGUCUGUGCGCUGAACCCCCUGGAUGCCAUGCAACGCACUCGAGCAGUGGCAGCAUCUCGGUAACCUCCGAGAAGGCCUUGUGACGAAGACUCAGAGGUCUCAACGCGCACAGUACGAUGGAUGUUGAGUCUCCUUACAGGCCCCUUAGGGCACGUCCCGCAUUGUCUUCCGGAAGCAACGACACGAGGGCCCCAGACCCUGUGCUAGAUGCUGAGAUCGAAAAGUUGAUAAAUAACCUAGUCCCAGAUGUUCCAGAAGUGGACGUCAGGAGGAGUCUGAGUCCGGCGCGGAUGCCUCAGAGAGUGGCACAGCCUCAGAGAGCUGCAGUUCGCACCAGAUUGUUUCAAAGAGAGGACAGCGACUGGUUGCCGACAACGGAUGCCUUUGCCUGGGACAACGGGGGGGAAGACGGCAGAGAGGCAGAGGGUAGCACUGCUUCGGGGGGGAGCUCUGCGAGAUACGAAGCAGAGAGACGGCGGAAAGGGAAGCACAGGGUUGAAGACGACAGCGGCGAGUCUUUGGAGGUGCAGCGUGUGGGGGAGAAAGACGAGUUGCCUCCUGCCGGGCAAGAGAAGGGGGGAAAGGGUGUUGACUCGGUUUCGGAGGGGGUAGAGAAGGUUGGGGCGGUUUCUCGCAUGGUGAUUGAUCUAGACUUUGAGGAAGAGGUGGAGGCAAACGGGUGUGAAGGAAGUGGGGCGGCUGUUGAUGUGGGUGUGACUUCGGGCGGUGGAGAAGAAGCUGAGACGAGGGGGGAAGAAGAGGGAGAGACAGCGAGGGUCGUAGGGACAGGGAACGCUGCUGAUGUGGGGGGCAUUUCUGGUGACAUGAAGGAGCCGGAGAAGGAGGAUGGAGCAGCAGAGACUGAACCUGAGAUGGAGGAGGCUGCUGGCGGUAAGGGCUUUUCCCUAGGCAGAAAAGAGACGCGGGAAAAGGGGGGGCCACUUAAAACGCGGCUGGUUGUGGAUCUGAGCAGUGACGAGGAGGAUGAGAAAGAGAGGCGGGCGAAAGUGGAUCGAGCGGAGCGGCUGAGAGCGAAGCGCGCUGCAAACAGGCGGGAAGCGCAGGAAAGGGCUCGCGAGGCGGACGUUGUCGCUUUGGACGAUGAUGAGGGUGAGAACCCGGGUGUUGCAGGGGAAGGCAGCGGGGGGUGGAGCCAUCGGAGGGGCGAGGAGAGGCAAUCUAACGUGGCGCAAGGGGAAGCAGAGCGGGUGGCCAGCGCUAGAGAGGAGACGGCUGAAGGGGUAAGGCAACGGCGGGAGAGGGUUGAAGAACGAACAAGGGCAACGGGUGGCGCAGGGGAGAGCGCAGAGCGGGCAAGACAUCAUAGCCGAGGGGAUGAGGAGAUGUGGAGGGAUGGUCUGAAUGUGGAGCUUGGGCCUGAUGACGUGCCCCCGACGCUGUAUGGUGGCCGGACGUCAGCAGAGUUUCUGGAGUUUGCAAAGCCCAGGCUGGAAAGGCUGGAAAAGCUGGCCACAGGGAAGGGGAGUUCGGGGUCUGUCAAGCGGCCCGUGGGUGGUGACAGUUCGGACAGGCUGGCGAAGAGGGGGAGGAUGGAGAGCCGCCGCGCAAGCUUCUCUGACCGAUUGCGAGAGACACGCGAGCAGGCGGAAAGGCGUGUGCCAUCACCAACACACCACGGAUCCAUCAGAGAAAGUCGCGCAAACAAGGCAGAGUUUGGGGCGGGAACUUGCAAUGAUGAUUGGGAACCAGUGCCGGGCCAAGAUGCCGGACGAUCUGACUGUUUGGGAAGCGGGGAGCGUCCGACGGUUUCGGACGUGGCAGCUGAACGGCCAACUUCCAGCGGAAGCAAGGGGCGCAAUUCAGACCCUGGGCCUAGUAGGGAUGGGUCUGCUGGAAGCGUUGGGGGGACAGGCCCGAGGGAAGAAACAGCCGAGCCGCUCUUGCCAGGCGGGCAGUCCUCAGGUGGAGGCGGGACAGACAGAAGCACCCCCCCAAUUGUGACACGGGAAGUACUGGAAAGCGGAAGCCUUGGGGUCGCAGCCCAGGAGCACGACGGCGCUGAUGCUAUAGGGUCAGGAUCAGCAGACGCUUGGGCGGCAGCGGCGGCAUCUGACGGAGUCCGCGAGGAGGAUUCCGCGUUUCCCGGCACGGUGUCUGGAACAGCAGGCGCGAGUGGUUACACCGCAGGCAAGUGUGCCACUGAUUACCGAGCCCUGGGGGAAACAAGCAAUGUAGGCCCGCCUGGAAACGAGAGGAAAACUCUCAAACCCUCGAGAUCGAAGCUGGGUUCGGGUAACUUCUUCAGUAGCGUUGAGGCGCAGAAGAGGGCCGGCGGCGGCCCGGGGGUCGGCGGCGCAGAAGUCGGCCGGGGGAAGGUGUUUGCAACGAUUCCGCAGAAGCCGAGCGUCAUGCAGGGGCGCACGAUCCUGAAGAAGCGGGACGACGGGGAACUAGAGCGGGGGAGAAGUCGGCCGGUGCUCCUCCCGGUGGUUGUUCGCAGGGAGCUCGCGGCGCUCGGGGACGAUCUGCUGAGCUCGUACCGGGGGCCGAAGAAAGGGCAGUGGGCGGACAAGUGGGAGGGUGUCCGGUCGGCGGGAACGCUCAACCAGCUGAGGAACUUUCUGGGAUGGCUGCCCAAGUCGGUUGCGACGGAGGUAGUGGACCGGCCCGGGUUCUGGCGGCGCUGGGAGCGGCGCCUCAACGCGUGUGACACGGCGGUGGAUCUGCUGGAGCUGGUGCGGGGGUUGAAACGGGAGGUAGCGGGGCUGAGAGAAGAGCUGCCUGCUGAUGCCGCGGGUCUGGAUAUUGACGUGCAGCCUAGUGCGACCCCCCCGGCCGAGCCCAUCCGCCUCCCCGAGAACAGCGAGCCGCCACCCAACACAGGGGCGGAAAGCCCCGCCGUCGAGCGGAACGCGUCGUCCGAGCUGUCCUUCAGGCCGGGCGCAACCGACGCGGACGAAGAUACGUGCGAGCCAGCUUUGGAGCAUGAGAGAGGGAGUGGCGCGCGAAGUCGGAGCAGAGACGGGGAAGCAAUGUUGCCAGGGGGAAAGCGGAGGCGGAUUGUUGAGGAGACGGCGGAGAGCGCAAGCAUGGGGGGAAGUCCGGGGGGGGCUUGCAGCGGUUCUUCGGCAGAGGGGCGGGGCGUGAGCAGCGACGAGCCAAUUGGGAGAGCGAUGAAAAGAACUAGGAGUGGCGAGGGGAACGGCAACGCGGCGCCGAAGCGGAAGGCGGUGUUUGCGGUGAAGUCGGCGCCUAGGUUGAACGUGACGGACAUGAUUCAGAAGGAGGAGGCGCCGUUUCGCGGGGGGCCCCUCGAUGCCUUUUUCAACGGGCGUUUGACCCCCCCUUCCGGAGGCUCGGGGCGCGAGGAAGAAUUGGCCGGAAGUUCGGACGGAGUCGCGGACGUCCGAGAGUCUGAGAGGCGUUGGGAUGCGUCCGAAAGGGAGCGGUCUUCGUCAGCCGGCUGGGCGGAACGGAGGCCGUCCGGAUCGAGUUACCAGGAGGAAGAAACAGACGACGACGCACCUGGUACGGCGCCUCAGCAAGGUCCGGAGCCAAGCAAUCCGGGGGCUGCUUUAUACGGGGGCGGUUCACCGUUCGCGGAUGUCGAGGUGUUUUUCUUCGAGCCGAACGUGGAGGUGGAGCUCCCCGCGAAGCGGCGCCUCGACGCGCAGAUGUUCCGCUACUGGCCCGAGAACUCGUACCCGAACCACGUGCCGUGCAGCUCCAGUAAGUGCAUCAUCCCGGGACCUAAUUCCACGAAACGCGGCGCGUGCCUGUGCGUCCCGCGGGAGCGGAAGGAGUGGACCCCGCGCGAAUGCCGGUGUGCGACCAAGUGCAAGUGCAAGUGUAAAUGCACUCGGGACGCGGACCUGCAAGAGCAGUUUGGGAAGGGGUGCGUUGCGGACCGGUUUCUGAAGAAAGGCGCGCUGAAGCGGCUCCGCGUGUGCGACGCGGGGCCGAAGGGUCUGGGGGCACGCGCGCUGGAGGUCAUCCAGGCGGGUGACGUCAUCGCUGAGAUGUGCGGCGAGGUGGUGCACAAGGAUGACCUGGAGAACCGCCAGGUGUCAUAUCGCCAGCGGCGUCUGCCCUGCUACGUCACCCAGCUGGCGCCCAAGUACUCUGUGGACCAGACCCAGGCGGGGAAUGUCACCCGCUUUUUCAACCACUCCUGUGACGGCGGCAACCUGGACCUCGUCAUGAUCAGGUGCGGUUCCCCGCACAACCCGUGGGGGAACGACGGUCCCCCGGGCGCGUUGCUGCGCGCGAAACGUCGCAUCCAGAUUGGCGAGGAGCUCACGUGGGACUACAAUCUCCUCGACGGCACCGGUCAGCCGUUCAACUCCGCGGACACGACGGCAGACGGCCGGGUGCAGUGCCGGUGCGGGGCUGAGAAUUGUAGGAAGUUCUGGUUUGACAAAUAAGUCGAGUUGCACGCCUUGAAGUUUCUUGUGGUUCAUUCUGCGGGUUGUAGCGGGUUUGGGUGUCAUGGGUUUGCAAGGAGGACCCGAGGAGCCAGGGUGCCCCGAUUACACUGCACGGCAGGGCGGGUAUUCAUCCACAGAUUGUUAGACCUGUAGCGGCGGGGAAGGCAUUCAAAAUAAUCCUGGACGACAUUACUUGGAUACUCAAUCCGCUUUAACGGUUAGUCUUGGGUCGUUUGGUCUGGUCUUGAAGAUAUUCUGACACAAUUUUACCUCUCGAACUGGUCGCCCACACUUGACGCGUUAUCUGGAGAAGCUAGAGCGCUCAGCUGUUCAAAUCCUCCUUCCCAUCAGUCCACCCCCUUGUUUGGAUGCGAGCCUGAACAAUUUUGCAC